AUGGCUUUCACAUCGUCUCCCGUAGAGUCAUCGCCGCCGUUCUUCGCUCCGGACCUCGACGGCCUCGCCCAAGCGCCCGCGCCCGUCGCCCGUGCCAUCCUCGUGGCGCUGUGCGACGACCGCCGGGUACGGGCACAGGCGCUGAGGCAGCUCGGCCGGCUGCUGCGCUUCGAGGCCGACGUCCGCGGGCAGGAUUCCGUCAAGAGCCCCGGCUCCGUCACCAGCCCGUCGAAUCCGAAGAAGAGAAAGGUCACCAGCGAACCCAAGAUCUGCGUCCAGUGUGACUGCAUCUUCACAGACGACGAGAACGCCUUUGGGGCAUGCUGGUACCACUCAGGCGAGCUGGAGCUUUGGGAUGAGACCCAAAUACCCACGCUCUGGGACGAAGUAUCGUCGGACGAACUGGACACGGAAUCAAACCGCGCCGAGUACCCCGCGGCGUUCCGAUGGUGCUGCUGCGAGCGGCUCGGCGACAGGGAGGGCUGCGUCCGUGGUCAGCACGAGUCCAACCCGGACAGGAGCAGGAAGGGCCGCGGCAACGAACUCUCCGACCUCGAAGACGACCCGCUGGAGCUCGACGCAUCGCUGGAGCUUGACGCACCGCAGGAACUGCAACCGCCCUGUCAGCAGCAUUACAAGAUCACGAGUCCUCAGGAAACCCGCAAGUUGCCGACGCACCAGCAGCAUCAACAGCACCCGUCACAUCAGCACCAGCAGUGA